AUGAGGAACAUGGUCUACAGCGUCCAGAACGUCAACGGUGGAGAGUGGCAGUGGCCCCUGUUCCAACCGCUGGUCGCACCGGACCCGGGACGUCAGACCGUUCAUGUUGUUAUGACGUAUGUUUCGAGCGCGGACUACAGACCCCAGUUCAGCGACGCCCACGAGUACAAACGUCUCAACGGUGGCCGCAUCAGGGAGUUGAACCACUUCGUGGCUCUGUCUCACUACAACACCGCGAAAAAUCACGAAGCUGCAGUCACGAGGAUGGCCGGUCUUGUGCGCUUGGCACAAGACGACUGCAAGGAGUCGGAGGCGAGGCUCAAGGAAGCUGUAGGGGACUCGGGUGGUUCACCGUCGGCUCCUCAUACCUGCACGGAACUGGCGGACGCGCAGGGCAAGGCGCAAGAGCAGCUCAGGCGGAGGCAGGUCGCUUAGAGAUGUAUAACGGGCACGUACUUCACCCCGCUGGCUUCCGCGGCGGAGGUGACCGCGUUGGAGAAGGAGUGCUUCAACAAGCGGCAG